AUGUUUGCCAGGCGAAUUCUUACCCAAACAAACAGGAAACCUUUACUACAAUCUUCCGCUUGUAGAGUGAUUUCUUUUGUUGAUGGGAACGCUACCAAUGACCCGAAUGGGCAAACAUGGAUGCAAAAAGCAUUACUACACCGCCGGCAGCAUCAAUCAGGCGGUGAUGGGCCAACCGAUAGCAUGUCAUCGUUAUCGGCGACAGCCGUCAUCUUGGGUGGAUCAUUGUUGACAUAUUUGAUAAGCGAUAAGAUAAAGAAAGAUACACAACAUGUCUACGCAAAGGAAGAUUCACUCGACACGAUACGCAAGGCACACGAUACGGUGCGGAAAGAUCUGCCAGAGUACACGAUGGAUGAGAUCGUGAAGCACAAUGCACCGUCCGCCGGUAUUUGGGUUACGUACGGUGUCGGUGUGUACGAUAUAACGUCCUUCGUCCCGAAACACCCGGGCAGCGAUAAGGUGAUGCUUGCGGCCGGUGGUGCGAUCGAUCCGUUUUGGCACAUCUUUCAGCAGCACAACACCAGAGAGGUGCUCACGCUGUUGGAAACGUUCCGCAUAGGCAAUUUGCGACCGGAUGAUGUGGUGGGCACGAGAGAUCUGCACGAUCCAUGGUCAGCAGAACCGAAGCGUCAUCCCAUUCUGAAACCGGCCACACUGAAACCGUUCAAUGCGGAACCACCGGCAUCGGUUCUUGUGGACAGUUUCCUGACGCCGAAUGAUUUUUUCUACGUACGGAAUCACCUGCCCGUGCCGGAAGUGGACAUAAAAGCGUACGAGCUCGAGCUGGAGAAUGAAAAGACGGGCAAGAGCAAAACGUUCCGGUUUGCCGAUCUGCUCAAAUACCCGAAGCACACCGUCACGGCCACGAUCAUGUGCGGUGGCAAUCGACGUAGUGAGAUGAUGGACGUUAAACCCAUCAAGGGACUGCCGUGGGGAGCAUCGGCCGUGGGAAAUGCCGAGUGGACCGGUGCCCGGCUGUGUGACGUUUUGCGCGACAUGGGUGUGCGGCCGGGUGAUGAAACAGGGCACGUACAGUUCGAAGGACUCGAUACCGAUCCGACCAGCACACCGUACGGUGCGUCCAUCCCGUUGGCGAAAGCAAUGGACCCACGGGGUGACGUGAUUUUGGCGUACGAAAUGAACGGACAACCGUUGAAUCGGGACCACGGCUACCCGGUGCGUGUGAUCGUACCGGGCGUAGUGGGUUCGAGGAAUGUGAAAUGGUUGGGAAAGAUCGUUGUGUCCCGGAACGAAAGUUCCUCCCAUUGGCAGCAAAACGAUUACAAAUCGUUCAGUCCCAGCACCGAUUGGGAUACGGUGGAUUUUAAGAGUGCACCGGCUAUUCAGAACAUGCCCGUUACGUCCGCCAUUUGUGCGCCAGCAAGUGGCGAAACGGUGCCGGUUGAGGAUGGGUACGUGACGGUGAAAGGGUACGCAUGGUCCGGCGGUGGUUCCGAGAUCGUGCGUGUCGAUGUUACCGCGGACGGUGGUAAAACGUGGAUCGUGGCAAAGCUGGACGAAAGUGAACAGGGUACGGGUCCGGGCCGCCACUGGUCGUGGUCGCUGUGGUCGGCAAAGGUACCGAUUAAACCGGGUCAAAAAGGACCGAUCGAAAUCGUGUCGAAAGCGGUCGAUAGCAAUUACAACACGCAGCCGGAAUCGUUUGCCAACAUCUGGAACUUGCGGGGUGUGGUCGGCAAUGCGUACAGCCGAGUGAAAGUUAGCGCUAAAUAA